UCGCGACAGUAAUCAUUCGACACAAAUUGACGAAGCGAAUACGUCUCGAGUCUGAUUUGUUGAUUACAAAGAAAGUGAGAGAUAGUAAAGAAUUCUUCGAGUCGUACAUUUACAGUAUAAGGCCGAUAUGCUGCGCCUGGCGAUAGCAUUUGGUCUGGUUUGUGUAACUUUAGGGCAAAUAAGAGAUGAUAUAUUCGUCGUAACUGAACAAAAUGUGCUCAGCCCGCCUUAUUUCAAUAUCGCUUCAGGAAAGAAAAUUGGAGCCACGGCAACGUGCGGUGACGAAAAUGAGGAACUAUUUUGCAAACUGACUGGAGGUACCAACUUCGAAUUCAGCAAUAGUCUUCACCAGGGCCAGGUUUGCGACAUCUGCGAUGCCACAAAUCCAGAGAAAGCUCACCCUGUUAAGAACGCAAUCGACGGUACUGAGAAAUGGUGGCAGAGCCCCCCACUUUCCAGAGGGAGCCAGUUCAACAAAGUGAACCUCACUAUUCAUCUCGGACAAGUGUUCCAUGUUGCGUAUGUCCUGAUUAAGUUCGCCAACUCACCAAGAGCUGGGACCUGGGUUUUGGAACGCUCCUCUGAUCAUGGCGAGACCUUCCAACCGUGGCAGUAUUUCGCAAAUACCAACAGCGACUGUUUCAACUUAUUUGGAAUGGACAGUCUUGAAGAAAUCACCAGGGACGACAGUGUUGUCUGUACCUCUGACUAUUCCAGUGUUGUGCCUUUGGAGAAUGGAGAGGUUAUUGUGUCAAUGAUAAAAGGACGACCUGGAGCAAAUAACUUUUCAUAUGCAACCGUAUUGCAAGAGUGGAGCAAAGCCACAGAUGUUCGUCUUCGUUUCUUAAGGACCAAAACUCUUCUCGGACACUUGAUGGCGAUAUCUGAACAAGAUCCAACUGUUACUCGACGGUACUACUACAGUAUCAAAGAUAUCAGUAUUGGUGGAAGAUGUGUUUGCAAUGGUCACGCUGAUACGUGCUUGCCAGAUAAAAAUGACCAGUACAAGUUAAAGUGUGAGUGCAGACAUAACACUUGUGGCGACAGCUGCGAACGUUGCUGUGAAGGUUAUGUACAGAAGGCAUGGAGAGCUGCUGUUCCCGAAUCUACAAACCAAUGUGAAGCCUGCAACUGCCAUGGUCACAGCUCAGAAUGUCAGUAUGACGAAGAUGUGGCACGUAGACGACUUUCUAUUGAUCUUGCUGGAAACUACGAGGGUGGUGGUGUCUGUCUGAACUGUCUUCAUAACACGGCUGGUAUCAACUGUGAGCAAUGUGCCAGUGGUUAUUGGAGACCAUCAUCAGUUGACCCACGGAGUAUAGAUGGAUGCAGACCAUGCGACUGUGACAGCACCUACACUGUAGGAUCCUGUGAACCAAACACUGGUCGAUGUUAUUGCAAAGUUCAGUAUGCUGGUGACAGAUGUGAUCGUUGUGCACCUGGAUAUUAUGACUUCCCUGAAUGCAGACUUCCAGGUCAAGCUUGUGAUUGUUACUACAACGGAACCUUAAAUGAUGUUUGUCUCCCACUUGGUGAUGCUUGUCCAUGCAAAUACAACUUCGCAGGAAAAUACUGUGACGAGUGUGCACCGGGGUUCUUUAACUUCCCACAGUGUGAUGUCUGCGAGUGCACCGGUGAAGGAGUAGCAUCUGAUGUGUGUGAUCCAUACAGUGGAGCUUGUCCUUGUGCUGAUGGAUUUGCUGGACCAUCUUGUACUGAGUGUGCAGAUGGUUACUUCAACUAUCCACUCUGUCAGAGAUGCCCAUGCAGUGAUGUUGGAACUACUGGCAAUGUCUGUGAUCCUAUUACUGGACAAUGCAUCUGUGGCGACAAGUAUGCUGGACAGAGUUGCGAUGAUUGCAGAUCUGGAUUCUUUGGAUUCCCAGUGUGUCAAGAAUGCCAAUGUACUGAACCUGGCAGCCUUGACAACACGUGUGACACACGCAGCGGACGUUGUCACUGUAAAUCCAACUACCGAGGUGAAAGUUGUGAAGAAUGUGCCCCUGAAUACUAUGGGUACCCCAACUGUGUCUCCUGUGACUGUGACCUGCGUGGUUCACAAAGAACAACUUGUGAUCAAACCAACGGUCAGUGUUUGUGUCGUCCCAAUGUUGGUGGGCGUGCGUGCGAUCACUGCACCCCAGAUUAUUUCAACUUCCCUCGUUGUGAGGAAUGCAGCUGUGAUGCUCGGGGUAUUGAAUCUGUUGUGCCAGGAGUGUGUCUUGCUUUCACCACUGGUCAAUGCGAAUGCAAACCAAACGUAGUUGGAAAGAACUGUGAUAUGUGCAAACCACUGCACUAUGACAUUGACCAGGGAUGUGUCAGCUGUAACUGCUUCCUUCAGGGAACAUUAGAUGGUGUUGGCAACUGUGACAGUGAUGAUGGACAGUGCUUCUGCAAACCUUACACUUGCACACAACGUUGCUCACAGUGUGUUGAUGGGUUUUAUGGUUUGGAGGACCUUAACUACCUUGGAUGUACCAGCUGUCAGUGUGACAUUGGUGGUGCCAUGACUGCAUCUUGUGACAAGAACACAGGGCAGUGCCGAUGCCGUACCGGAGUUGCUGGGCGUCGUUGCAACAGAGCUGCUGAUGGUUCUUACUAUCCCACUUUGUACCAAUACCAGUAUGAGCUUGAGUAUGGUAAAACACCAGAAAACCUUCCAGUUCGUUAUGGAUUCAGUGAAACUGAUUUCCCCGGUUUCAGCAUGAGUGGCUAUGCUAAAUUCUCUGUUGUCCAGUCGACUGUCGUCAUGCACGCCCCGGUGAACACGCAUAACCUUUACCGAGCAGUCAUGCGUUAUGUUAACCCAACUACCGACGCUAUCUCUGGAACCGUAUACUUUGUUUCAUCACUCAACGAGGAUGGUUCAGAAUCAGCAGAAUGUGUUGAUUGUCCUGGUCAGAGCCAAAAAGUUACAUUUGAAGUCACAAGUGAACCAAGAAUGGUAACUGUCUCAACACCAUUUGUUUUGAACAAAGGCGUAUGGACAAUUGUUAUUGAAGCUCAACCAGGUCUUCUCAUUGAUUAUCUUGUUCUUCUUCCAUCUGAAUACUAUGAGCCUGGCAUUCUUCAACUUACAUCCACCGUCCCAUGCAUUCCAUCCAUAACCUCAAGUGACACUGAGUGCGUCAUGUUCACUCAUCCAAGUCUUGGUGGCUUCACCAUGGUUGAUGUAACCAACCAUGCUGGUAGUUUAAGGACUGACUCUCCUUCCACCGCCCACCCAGAGAUGCUGGUUCUUGAUGGAACAAGUGGGGUUGCUGAACAACAAACCUACACUGUUGAUAUCGCUCUGCCGCAAGCUGGGAAAUAUGUUCUUGUUCUUGAAUAUGCGAGCACACAAAACCAGUUACAAAGAUCUUCAGUGACAGUGUCAGAUGGAGCAGCUAAUGAUUAUUCAGAUGUUAAGUUCAAUGUCUACGCUUGUCCUUACUCAUUCUUGUGCAGACAAGUUGCUCUUGGUGUUCUUGAUGAUGUUAAGGUGUUCGAGCUGUCUCUUCCAACUAUGAGAGUCACCAUGACAACAGAGGCAGGUGCUUCAUUUUACAUCAAGUCAUUGACGGCAAUCCCAUAUUCUGAAUGGACGAUGGAGUUGGUUGAACCAAAACCACUUUGCAUUACAACAACCGGUCCUGCCUUUGAUCAGUGUGUUACAUCGGUGUACCCAGUUCCACUCGGAAGUUCAAAAUUCAACGUACCUGUGCCAACCACAGUUGAUGGAGAUGAUGAGCCUGCACCACCGACAUUGCCCGACAAUAUCAAUGAUGAGAGUGUACAACUAGUUUAUUUGGAUGGUGCUGAUGUAACUGGAGGUGGACAAACCACUCUGCAGAUACCAAUGAACCUUAGGCCUGGAAGAUAUGUCUUCCUUGUUCAUUUCUACAACCCUGAUCACAUAAGUUUUGCACCACGUGUGGUGAUUGAUGGCGGGAUUGCUUCCACUGGUGACGCCAACAUCACAUACUGUCCCAGUGCUGAUGGUUGCCGGGCAGUUGUUACUAAGGAUGAUGGAAGCGUUGUGGUUGAUAUUACUGUCCCAACAACUACCUUCACGAUCACUGUUCCCAAUGGCAAAGCAUUCUGGGUUCAAUAUGUGCUUGCGGUGCCAGAGGCAGACUACAAUCCAAAGCUGCUCAACCUUUCCCCUACUGACAAAUCUAGCGAUUUUAUCAGAAAAUGUGGCACAGAUGGACAACAGAGCUUUUACGGCACUUUGGAAAACCCAUCUGAGUUCUGCCAGGAAUCGAUCUUUUCACUUACAGUCAACCACAAUGCUGGUGCACUUCCAUGCAACUGUUCGGGUGCUGGUACUGUGGGUGGCGGAGAUGCUGCUUGUGAGGCAUAUGGAGGUCAAUGUCCAUGUAGACCAAACGUAAUUGGACGUCAAUGCGAGCGAUGUAAGACCGGAUAUUUCAGCUUUCCCAAUUGCCAACCAUGUGACUGUGGUGGUGCGAUGUGUGAUCCAGUCAAUGGAAACUGCAUCUGUCCAGUCAACACCAUUGCCCCUGCAUGUGAUGAGUGCCAACCUCUUACACACUCCUUCGAUCCAAUCCAAGGUUGUUUGGAAUGUGAUUGCAACGCUGAUGGAGUUGAAAAUGUAACUGACCGUGGUUGUGAUGUUGCUGAUGGGCAAUGUAACUGCAAAGAAACGGUAACCGGACAAAGAUGUGACCAAUGCAAGCCUGGGUACUUUGGAUUCCCGAACUGCCGCAAGUGCCAGUGUGAUGAGCGUGGAAGAGCAUCAGAUGGUUGUAACCCAAUCACUGGCCAAUGUCUCUGCAAGCCUAAUGUGGCUGGAUUACAGUGUGACAGAUGCAAAGAUGGUUCAUUUAACCUUAAUGGUACCAAUCCAAAUGGAUGCACUGAAUGUUUCUGCUUUGGAGUAAGUGAUAGCUGCACACCCACACAAUACCCUGCAACUGAAAUUUAUGACAUGACUAACUGGAGGAUGCUGUACCUACAAGAGCCUGUUCCUGAAGUUGAAACAUCUUCUGAUGGCCAAACACUCCGUGUUGAUGUUGCUAACAAUGGUGGUGCUCAAGACCCACAGUCGGCUAAGAUCUAUUGGGCUGCACCAAAGACGUAUCUUGGGGAAAAGGUUGGUUCAUAUGGUGGUGACCUUCGUUACAUAGCUUCAUAUUCAUUUGGAGGACGUGGUGAUGCUGAUUUUGGAUCAGUUGGAUCUGCUCAGCCCGCUCCUCUUCUAGCUCCAGUUCCUGAUGUCAUACUUAAGGGUAACAACAUGGUAAUUGGAUGGGUUAAUGAAGGAGGAUAUGAAAACGUGAACUUGAAGCUUUCGGAACAUAACUUCAAACAUGAACAAAGCAAUAUUCAAGUCACCAGAGCAGAGCUGAUGAUGGUCUUAUCUGAUCUUCAAUCUCUCCACAUCAGAGCUGCUCCGGAAGUUGGAGUAUCAAGUGUGAGCCUCAGGGAUGUUGUCAUGACGACCACCGACUACUCACUUCCGCUUGGAUCAGGAGCAACCAUCCCAAGUGUCGAGGAAUGCAGUUGCCCACCAGGCUACCAUGGACAUUCUUGUGAAUUUUGUGAUGCCGGCUACUACAGAGAUCAAAGGGGGCCAUACCUUGGAUAUUGCAAACAAUGUGAUUGUUAUGGACAUUGCGUGACUUGUGAUGAAGUUGGCCCAAUUUCAUCGAAAGACUGUCUGCAUAACACUGGUGGCGAUAACUGUGAUGUUUGUAUUGAUGGUUACAUUGGUAAUGCUACAAGUGGUGAAAUUGAUGCAUGCCAACCUUGUCCAUGCCCUUUCCCAAUGGAAGAUGGAAACUUUGCCGAUACUUGUGAGCAACUUGAUGGAGAACUUGUGUGUUACUGCCAAGUCGGUUACACUGGUGCACGAUGUGAACUGUGUGCAUCCGGCUACUUUGGAAACCCAGCUGUGUAUGGUGGAUCAUGCCAACCAUGCAACUGUCAUGGAAACCUUGACCCCAAUCUUAUCAUGGAAACUUGUGAUCCAUUGACAGGCGAAUGCAGUGAAUGUAUGUUCAACACUGGAGGAAAAUAUUGUGAAAGAUGUGCAGAUGGUUACUUUGGUGAUGCCAUAAUUGCACGGAACUGCACAGAGUGCGCAUGUGACGCAUGUGGAACAAAUGUUUGUGAUCAUAUGAUGGGACAUUGCUCAUGUCAACCUCAUGUAAUCGGAAGUCUGUGUGAUACUUGUGAACCAGGAUUUUACAAUUUCGAUAGUUGCACCGGUUGCCAGAACUGUGCAUGUGCUGAAGGUGCAUUGAACAGCGUCUGUGAUGUCAACACUGGUGAAUGUCAGUGCGCUCCAAACAUUGUUGGCGCUCGAUGUGACAGAUGCGCGCCUGGAUUUUAUGAUUACUCUGAAAUGGGAUGCAAACCUUGCAAUUGUCGCAACAAUGGGCCAUGCAAUCCAGUGAAUGGUCAAUGUGAAUGCCCACCAGGAAUCACCGGAGUACAAUGUGAUCAGUGUGAACUUGCCCGUCAUAUUUUACCACCAGGCGCUCGGGAGUGUGAGAGAUGUGGAACCUGCACAGAUGAUCUGCUUGAUGAAGUUGAACCAAUGACAUAUCAAGUGAACGCAGCUUUUUCUCAGCUUGCCAACAUCUCUGUUGGAGUCCACGCAUACAGGAAGCUCCAGGAACUGCAACAACUGAUUGAAAACGCAGCGAACAACAGUCUCAUCGAAGAAGGUUUUAUGACUGGAACUGUGAGAAGUGCUAACAACCUCUUGGGAGGGGGACUUGCUGGUCUUGAAGAGAUGGUUUCCGGCAGUGGAGAGGAUAUUGACGGUUCUGGCAUGACCAGAAGCGCUGCCGGCCUGAAUCAGCCACCCUCGUCGUCGUUUAACGACAUUUUCCUUGUGAUUUCAUACGGAGAAUCCGCAGUUUCGGAAAUGUGCAACCAUACUGAAGUGCUACUUGGAAAAGUGACUGAAACUGAAAAUGUGACAAUGAAUGGACUCGCAAAUGCAAUGGCACUUGAGACUGUCGCUGGAGAAUUUAUGGCCGAUGUUGCAGACCUCAAGAUGAAGCUUAAUGAAGAAGCCUCUGGUGAUGCAGAUGACUAUUAUCAAAAACUCAGAGAUGCAGAGAUGAUUUUAUCUCGGAUGCAAGAGCGAGAUUUUGUUCCAAUGAAAUCAGCUGCAGAUUUAGAACUUGGUCUUGCAACAGAUUUGUUCGACCGAAUCAACACAAACUUUACCGUGCCUGCCACAAAUGCUUCAAAUAAAGUUGAUGCUCUUGGUGAAGAACUCACAACAAAACGCAACAAGCUUAAGGAUCUUCGAUCUAAACUCAAUGACGCAAUCUUAGACGUAAAUGAUGCCACGACAGCAAAUGCUGUUAAUAGAAAAAACCUCACAGAGAUGACAGAUUCCAUCAACAGUGAGUGGGCAAUGCAUGAAAUCAAUUCUGACUCGGCUAUGGUAGAAGACUUGCUCACUGAUGCGGAAACAUUGCUGAAUGCAUCAGUGACUUCUGUGAAUGGACCAAUCACAAACGGAAUUGAUGAGCUUGACCAAUUGCAUACUGGUCUGACAGAGAGCAUUGGAAGGCUGCAGCCUUUCUAUGAUAACCUUUCUACCGAGCUAGAGAGUGCAACAGUACUGGCUAAUGCUUCAAUUGCAAAAGCGGCUCAGCUUGCCGAUGAUGCUGCAGCACUCAGUGCGAUCGUUGAAACUGAUUCCCAACCACACCGAGCAGCAAACGUUUACCAGGAGAUUUACAUUGCUAUGACCAACGCUGCAAAUGCGGCAGAAGAAGCAUUGAUGGAGGCAACAAAGGCUGAAAAUGAUGUUGCUGAUAAGAACCUGCAAGCCGCAGCGGAGGCAGCAGAACAGAGGAGCAGCAACCUUCUGUCAGAAACACAAGAUCUUCAGCAAAAUGAUAUUAGCAAUUUGCAAGAUAACAUGAUGAUGACAAAAGAUAAACUUACAGAACAGGAAGCCAGUGUAACAUCCUUGAACAAUCAGUUGGAUUCUCUGAAUGCUGCUAUUGAUGCUUUGGACAGAGGAACUAUGGAUGCUGACAUCGCUUCAACUCAAGAUAUUGCUGCUGAGGCAGAUAGAGCAGCAGAUGAAGCCACGGUUCAAGCUGAUAUUUUACAAGAUCAAAUUAGGAAUGCACCAGAUCCCAACACCGAUUUAGCAAGAGAGCUUGCUGUAACUGAACAGUUGUUAACUGACUUAGAGACGAGCGUACCUGUACUUGAGAGCACAACACAGAACACGCAAGCCAAGGUAGAGAGACUUCGUGGGUUGGAGAGCAGUCUUGGGCUUCUACAGAAGAUUGAUGAUAUUAAAAAGAAGAUCUCACUCACUAGACAUGUUGCAAAUGGGGUUAAAUCUUCAAUGCAAUUCACGAGUGUACCAGAAGGUCAACCUGUGCAAUAUGUGCAACUUCGUACCCCUGUUACUGUUCAAGGACUUGAAAAUAACCUCAUUGCUGAAUUUUACGUCAACGUUGACCCAGAAGCUGCUGACAACUCACUCAUGUACAUUGGUGAUGCUGCUAGGUCCGAUGGUGACUUUGGUGCAGUAGAAACUGUUAAUGGUAAGGUGAGGUAUUACUUCAAAGUGGGAAAUGGAUUCAGACAACUUGAGAGUGAUGUUGCAAUCAACACUGGACAAUGGCACAAGAUCAUAGUUCGAAGAAUUGGAAACUUUGGUUCUUUGGAAGUUGAAUAUCCAUCACAAGAAGUGGGACGUGGGGAUGGUACACCUGCUUCAAGCGUGGCUUCUGAUUACAAAGAAGGCAGAACUGAUGGCCAGGAACAAGUGGCCAAUAUCCACCAUAGCAGCAUGAGUUUUUACAUGGGUGGAAACCCGAUGGCAUCGCCACCAAGUCAGAUUCAAAAUCAUCAAGUUGGUUCCGCAUGUAUUGGCGAAGUGAAACUUAACAAUGAAACAAUUGGAAUUUGGAAUUUCAAGGCAUAUGAAGGACCUAAACCUGGACAGAACUGUGAAGAUAGGCCUUCAUCUGAUGUAUCUUCCAACCCUGAUAACUUACUUGGGGUGGCUGGUCUUGGAUCAAACCAAGUUUGGAGGUUCAGUGGAUACGGAAGUUAUGUACGGAUUGCUCGUUCAGACAUCAGUUUCCUCAACAACAAUGCAGGCGUUCAUUUUAUUGGAUUCAAGUUUGAAACUCUUCAAGAUAAUUCACUUCUUUUCCUUGUUGGACAAACCACUGAUCAAUUCAUUGCACUUGAGGUGGUUGAUGGUAAACUAGUGAUGACAUGGAACUAUGGUUUUGCUGGUGGCCCCCGAAACCGAACGCUACAUGAUGUUGGUGAUGUGACGAUGCAUGACCGACAGUUGCUGGUAAAGACUGGUGUUGCUACAACUCAUAGAGUCACUGUGGUCUCUGUUGAUCUCAGACUGAUAUUGCAAGAUACGUACGACAAUGGAUCACCAAAUAUUCUUGGAGAUGUAUGGAUUGGUGGAAUGUGGAACACCAACAUUAACCCAGACUUCAGAUCACUUCUCCGCAACAUUGACGUCUCAUUCCGUGGUUGUCUUCGUGAACUGAACUUCAACAGCCGAAGCUUUGAUAUUCAAAACGCAAUUGAAAACAUGGGUGUUACAAGAGGUUGCCAAAAAGAGUCAGUAUCAGACCUCAGGCUUGCGGGUGGGGACUUUGUAAAGAUGCCUUCAUCUCUUCCAAGCAUUCAAAACAUUGAUGGCAACGUUGUCAUGAGAACUGGUACACCAAGUGGAACCAUCCUUAACUUCCGUGACACUGAGACCAAUGAGCAGCUGACACUCUUCUUGCGUGAGGGUCAUGUAGUCCUGAGUGAUGGAGUCCAGGAGGUUGAAUCUCGGGAGUUCUAUGCCAAUGAUCAAGCUCAUAUGAUUAAUUUCAAACGCACAGCAGAUGGAUCCAUGAGACUUACCCUGGAUAACUCAGAUAGCAGAAGAUAUGAGUCUCCACUUGCACUAGCUGAGACUGAACUUAGCAGGAGAAGGCGGCAAAACUUCGGACUAGAAGUAGAAAUUAUCAAUCCACAAGUUUAUGUUUAUAUUGGUGGCGCUGAAAACAUGCCCAUGUUCAAUGGUUGCAUCAAAAAUCCAUACAUUAUGAGACAAGGCAGAACUCCUUACAUUCUGACUUCUGCGUUGAACUGCGAAGCUUCUGGAACAUCAUGUGUCGGUCGCCCAUUGUUCAAUGCAUGUAAUGUAGGUAGAGUCAUCACACAGGAGGUUAUGGAAAUUGGUGACAAUUUGGCUGCUCUCUCUUCUGUGUCUGCACAUAGCAGUGCUGAUGAAUUGAAUGGACGAGCACGAGAAGACCUAACUGCUCACGCGCAAGUGAAUGUAAUAGAAGUUAGAGUACCAGUAUACAAUGAAGGUUAUGAGUCAACUUGCUCACUUCCGUACCUACCAGAAUCACGUGGAUACAGAUACAUUGGUGAUGGUUACAGCCAAUAUAUUGUCAAAAGAUUCAAUCCAUUGAACUGGAGAUUCUCUUUGUCAUUGAGAACCACAAGAAAACGGGGUCUUAUCUUUUUUAUGUCAGAUACCAGGUGCAAUGAACACAUCGCUGUCUAUGUUAAACAUGGAUUCAUCGUGUUCAGUGUGAUGUUUGGAAAUGAAAGAACCAGAUUGAAGUCUAUUCAGACUUACAAUGAUGGCAUGUGGCAUCAUGUGACCUUUGAAAGAAAAGGAAACGCAACUCAACUUAUGCUUGAUGAUAGCAUUGAAGGACAAGGAACCAUUUUCAGCAAUUCUCUUACUUUCCUUUCAAACAAGGAGUUCUAUAUUGGUGGCCUUGAAGAGGUACCUAAGAGAUUUGCUGUGAGGCAUAUCAAUAGGAAGAAUCUUGCAGACUUCACAGGAUGUAUUAAAGAUGUGAUGGCAAACAACGUUCCAAUUGAAAGAUCUGGAACAAGUUCAGUUGUUCGAAGCAAUGUCUCCCCUUGUUAUGAAGGAGGGUCUGAACCUGGAAUGUUUUAUCCACAUCCAAAUGAAGGAUAUUCAUCCGCUUAUAUGGUUGGAAUAGCUAACUACACAGUUGCCACAAACAUAGAGGUCACCUUGGAAAUAAAGCCAAGGGCUCAAAGUGGAGUUCUGUUUGCUGUCGGUGGAACAACCGGAAGUUUCUUCCAUCUUACACUAGUUGAUGGUCAAAUUGUAGCAAGGGUAAGACAAGGUGGUGAGACAUUGUUUACAACCUAUGAUCCAUCUCAGUACAGUGACAACCUUUGUGAUGGUCGAUGGCAUGUAAUUCGAGUUAUCAAAGCAAAGAACAUUCUCGCUCUGACUGUUGAUGACAACCUUGUUACACCAAUUGAAGAAGGCUUGCUGGAAAACAGUAAUUGCGAUACAAAUGGAGAACUAUAUGUUGGUGGGCUUCCAGUUGGUGUACACAUGGAUGGCAUGUUGACACGUAGUCAGUACCAGGGUUGCAUCAGGAAACUUAGAGUGGAUUACUUUCCAAUCAACCCAAGCACAUCAUAUUCAAUCUAUGGAGACAUCACCACCAACAACUGCCCAAUUCAAUAAAUCCUAUCAUCAUAAAUUCUAACAUCAUAAACCAUAUUUAUUUAACAAACAACAUCAAACCAUAUUUAACAAACAGAAUAAUGUGUUUUUUCUUAAGUAUUAAUUGUUUAUACAAGUACCAAAAACAAUGGUUUUAUUCAGUACUUAAAUUGUUAUGCCAAAGCUUAUAUAGAAAGCUGUAUUACCACUGCCUUAACUAAUAUGAUAAGUACAUAUGUUCAUUCCAGUGGCUUUAACUAACUGCCCCAAAUGAUUUAUCAAAAAGCUAUAUCCACUGUAUAUAUCAGCCACAUGUAAAAAGUUCAUAUUUACUAACUGCUUAAAGGGAUUGUCAGUAAAGUGCAAUAAAACUGACCUUGCUACAGAUACGUAGAAGGCAGUUAAAUAUCCAUCUGUGUAUUCUCAUUGUGUUAACUGUCCUUGCCAUACUUAUUCUAUCAACAGUUGCUUUAAAUUCAGUACACCACAUUUCUGUAGGACCAUUAUUCAUCUAAUGUAAAUAUGCUAUUGUUUGCCUAUCAAUCAUACUUGUCUAUUAGCAUGAUGAAACAGCAAACUUAUGAACCUAAUGGACCACAAAAAAA